AUGGAUCAAAGUAUUGGGGCGACACAUCUACCUCAUGGUUUUUGUGGUGCUACUGACGUUGAAGAGAAGCGGCAGAUUUUAGUUUGUGAGCUCGCAAACCUUUGUUCAGAAGAAGAUGAAAGGAUAGCACGAAUGCAGCAAUUCCCCCAGGAUGUACUCCUACUUCUGACUCGAGCUCGACUACAGCAAUGGCAAUAUAACGACAAUGCUGCUUUUAUCGGUUCUGUCGUCAAUGAGUUCCUCUUGUCGCACAAAUGGAUGGGAAGGAGUAGUCCUGAAGCCUCCGUCGUUAUGAUAUCGGUCAACGCCAAAACCAUACCAGACGAUGAUUCUAGCAUUGGCGACAAGAUACAUGUGGCAUUCGGUUUUGGCUACUUUGAAUGCAAUGUGCUUUAUGACAAGAGCAAGGGCACCCUGGCAGUGAACUAUAUUCACCUUGUUGUGCCUGGUUAUGGACGCACAAUCAUUCUGAGGAACAUUCAAGUCGAUCUUUCCAGAAAGCCUCCCGUACAGUACGAUGUUGCCAUCCCGUCACAAGGCACACAGAUUUAUGGGCAUUUUGGGUUCGCAUAUAAUGGUAAUCCGGGGGAGGUUGUGAAGUCAUACGACCUUACCACGCCGUUCACUGGGGAGAUAGUUGAUACAGUCAGCGUGUUUCCCAGCUUUGUAACGAGUCAACCAGGUGAUCAGAAAUCGGAAGUCUUGCUCAACAUGCAGUACCAUUCCGAAGAUUACGAUGCUGCACCGGAAAGCGUGGCUGAAGUUCACUACAGAGAAACCGGCAAGUCAUCUUUCUUAGAUAAUGAGGUCCUCCUCCGGUAUUUAGCCAACUAUGCUCACCAGCUGGAUGCUCUAUAUGUGGUUGUAGUUGACUUGUUCACCAAAGGAGAGAGCGAUGCUGCUAGGAACACUGUCGAUGCGUCGAUGCUUUCGUUGUGCACCUUUCAGCUCAACUUCGCUAUAUUUGAGCUGGCUGGAAGUAUUGACCCAAAGGACAAAACCAUGAAUGCAAACCUGUUCUGCAAUGUUCCAAUUUCUGGCCGUGUCAGGCUAGCGAUUGUCGCGGGAGUCCUAGACAACAAUGCAUUCAUACCGUCCAUUAUCAACGUGUUCGUUGCCAAGGGACGAGCAAGAUUCAAAAGUGUGAAAAACGGAGCGGGAACGCAUGAUUUUAUGUGUACUUUGGAGAUGGAUAUCGCGCUGGUGGGGAACAUCAACUUAGCCGAAUCCAAGAUUUGGACCCUGCCGUCAGUACUCAUUGAAUUAAAAACAAGGCCCCCGCUCACAUAUGCUUCCUUCAGCUUCUGA